AUGAUAUAUCCUAUGGUGAAAAUCCUUGCAAUAUCCUUUGCUUUCACAUUAGCAAUUGGAUCACUGCUAUCUCACGAAGACCUUCUUCUCCCUUAUGGAGCAAUUUCAAGAAUUUUCCCUGAACUAGUUGAACCUUUAAAAGAUAUAGACACAUGCAGUAAAUAUACUUGUAAAACAGAAACCCAAAAAUUUACAAGCGAAACAUGUGGAUAUUUCAACCCAGAAGAUCAAGUUAUUUAUUCUAAGCCUUGCAAGAAUAGUGCAGAUACUUGUUUCACAACUCAAUUAUUGUCAAAUAGGACUUGCAGUAAUAAUCCACCAGUUGAAAUAUCAUUGCCUGGGGACGAAUGCUCUGACUUAGGAAACUGCUAUUGGGACUCUUCUAUAUCUUGUAAAAAAGGAAGAUGCCAAGGAGAUGGACUUGGUAAAACCUGCACUUCCAGUCUUCAAUGCAACCCAGGUGCGUCAUGCCAAAGCAUAGACGGAGUGAUGCAAUGCGCACCUUUAAUAGGAAUUGGAGAAACAGGCUGUUUAGAGCAGUAUGAUUGCACUUAUAAUGGUGGGUGCAAUAUAAGCUCAACUAAUGACCCAACAAAGAAUACAUGCAUUAAAUACGGAUCACUAGCCUCAGGGACAGAAAUUUCAGAAGAAACUUGCACUGUGAACUCCAAUGUCUGUUCCUCAACAAAAUGCGCCAAAAACAACGAAGGAAAAUUCCUUUGCACUGGACCAAUAGUCUCAAAUGGCCAGAUUCCUGUGCAAUGCACUUAUGCUUAUAACUCCACAGCAGGCUGUGAAUCAAAAGUAGAUACAUCAACAGGGGCAGAAAUUUAUACUAUCUGCAAUUGUGCUUGGAAUAAAAACGGAGAUUCCUACUGUGGCCUUCAACCAGGGGAUAGCCCACAGGCUGCACUAUUAACUGAGAUUCAAAACUGGCAAAAUAGUGCAGCAAUUGAAAAAUGUCACACUUAUUGGAGAAAUCCGACUUUUGUGAAUAGCAAGAUUCAAUGCGCUUAUGAAUAUUAUGGCUCAAAGCCCUAUUCAAUAUUACUUUAUAGAUAUAUAUAUGCAAUUAUGUAUGUGGCUGCGUUCAACUCAGAAGAUUGCGUUCUUAAUACUUUUUUCCCAUAUUAUUUAAAAGCAGAAGAAAAUUAUAACAAUGGUGGAAAUACUGAUAAUGCCUCUUUGGUAGCUUUGGCAACUUCGUUUAUUCUCAUUUCUUUUUAA